AUGGCUACACAGUGUGAGAACCCAGUGGUGCUCACGCCGGCUCAGCUGAUCUGCAGCUUGGAGCAGGCUUGGAUGAAUGAGAAAUUUGCCCCUGAACUGCUAGAAAGCAAAUCGGAAAUUGUUGAAUGUGUUAUGGAGCAGCUUGAACAUAUGGAAGAGAAUUUGAAACGAGCCAAACAAGGGGACCUUAAAAUCAGCAUUCAUCGCAUGGAGGUGGAACGAAUCCGUUACGUUCUCAGCAGUUACUUGCGUUGCCGACUCCGGAAGAUUGAGAAAUAUUUCCCCCACAUCCUGGAGAAGGAAAAGAUUCGGGCAGAAGGAGAGCCAUCCAUCCUGUCCCCAGAAGAGUUUGCCUUUGCCAAAGAGUACAUGGCGAACACAGAGAACCAUCUCAAAAACGUGGCGCUGAAACAUAUGCCUCCAAACCUGCAGAAAGUUGAUUUCCUCAAAGCUGUUCCCAAGCCCAACCUGGACUCCUUUGUCUUCUUGAGAGUGAAGGAGAAGCAGGAAAAUAUAAUGGUGAUGCCAGAGCACGAUGAACAGAGAGAAUACGUGAUUGACCUGGAUGAAAACUCCCAACAUUUGAUCCGCUACAAGACGAUUGCUCCCUUGGUGGCCUCAGGGGCAGUCCAACUCAUCUAGACAAGGUGGACUUACAGGCACCUUUCUGCGAAGAGACCAACCGGAAGAAGGAUCUGUGCCCCUGAGGAACCAGUGCUUCAUGAUCCCCCAUGCCUGACUUUGGGAAUUUAGCUCCACUGGCUUGAUUUCAGCAUCAGAUGCCUGGACUUCUUCUGUUAGUGCUGCUGAAACAACGAUGUGAAAUUUUGUCCCUGGGAAAUGGGGUCCAACCCACACGAAAGAAGGAGAGGGUGGUGGCAUUGGAGAAAAGAUUUGGAAAGUGGGACGAACUAGCCCAGCAACUUGGCUGCUCAAAGGGUGUAUCAUUACCUGUCCAGCAGGUGGCAGUAGACCUGUCCUGGACGGGCCAGGUUCAAGCGACAGAAUGAAAAGAUGUCGUAUGGCAAAGAGUGGGCAACUUUUUUGUCUGGGAGAAUACUCUUUCCCAACCAUCUAGGGCUGCAGGGGCAUGGCAGGAAUGUCACUGGAGAGAGCGACUCUGAAACUCUUGAGAUUUUUUUAAUUUGGGGGAAGGAGGGUUGAAGGGAAAGAGGUAUGUUUCACCCUGUGGGUGCUUAAGGCUUAGUUUCAGUGCUUUCAUUGCAGCGCUGAAGAAAGUCGACAGCAGCAUCUCGGUGACAAAAUUGCAGAUGGGUGCUAGGUUCUACACAAUUGUAUCGUGCGCUACUUUCCCCCAAUCUCUUGGCAGAUGUGUUGGGCUACAUUUUCCCCCAUCCUCUGCAAGUCCAUAGGGUUGCACCCAGAGAAUAUGUGAGGGGGAGGCAGGUCUGGGGAUGAUGGGGUCGCAGGAAUGUCCAAGGGGAAGAGGUAAAACAAAAAAUUAACAUAUCUAGACCCCAGGCUGGGGAAGGCAGCUAUAAGAAAUGCAUUAAUGAACUGAGUGUGAGCAGCCAUUCAAGAGGUUUUAACAUGCAGUACUUUUCUGCUUUGGGAAUGUGGCUGUGUAUAAAUUUCGGAUGUGACUCAGAAACAACAGGAGUGUCUCGGAAGCUACAAAUAGCAUCAUCUCCCUGUUACAGAUAAAAACUGCUAGUGGGAGUCGAUGCAAGACUUAAAUGGCAUAACUAACAGUUUGAGGAUGCCUUGUGUUUACUUCCAUUAAAUUCGUGCGAUCGUAUUGCUCUCUAAUGUUAGAUCUUGAGAUUCCAGAACCCAAUUCAGCUACAGGGGGCAGUGUUGUUCCGUUAGGAUUACAUUGCCCUAUUUCCCAUUAAUGUACAGGUAGUCCUCGAUGUCUGACCACAAUUGGGACCCAAACUUCCAUCAGUAAGCGAUGUGGUCAUUA